CCGCUGCGGGUCCGCCAGCUCCGCCGCUCCGCCGAAUCAAGUAAUUCAGAUAGAAGAAGAACAAAGGGAGAAGUUAACUAACAACAUGAAGUUACUCCUCUUCAUUACCAUAACCUUGGGUGCACUUGUCACGGGACUAGAGUCUAUUUAUAGCUGGAAGUACUACAAGCUAUAUAAACGCAGAUCAGAACACAAGGAAUGCUCUUGUUUGAAUGGAGGAACGUGCAUUACCUAUUACCUCUUUAGUGGAAUUGGUCGUUGCGUAUGUCCAGAUGGAUACACUGGGAUUCACUGUGAGCUAGACACUGACAGCACAUGCUAUACUGAAAAUGGAGAGGACUACAGAGGGAUGGCAACAGAAGACAAAUGUCUGCCGUGGAACUUGCCCUCACUAAUCAGGAGGGGUCAUUACCAUGCUUACUCAGAGAAUGCUUUGCAGCUUGGGCUGGGCAAACACAGCUACUGCAGAAACCCAAAUGGAAGGAACAAGCCCUGGUGUUACACCAAAAGGGGAUCUGUCAUUCAAGAAACACCUUGCAACAUAGAGAAGUGUGGGCCUACAUGUGGUCAAAGGAGUAUCAGCAGGAGCUUCAAGAUUGUUGGUGGCAGUCAGGCAGAGGUGGAGUCUCAGCCUUGGAUAGCUGGCAUCUUCCAAACCAUAAGGGGCAUGGACCAUUUCCUGUGUGGCGGCAGCCUCAUCGACCCUUGCUGGGUGCUCACAGCAGCGCACUGUUUCCACACUCCGUCAAGAAGACCAAUAAACAAAUCUGUCUACAAAGUCUUCCUUGGAAAGUCCAUACUGAAUGUCACUGAUGAUAAGGAACAAGUAUUCAUGGUUGAUGAGAUCAUCUCUCACCCUGACUUUACAGAUGACACAGGUGGCAAUGAGAAUGAUAUUGCUUUGAUAAGGAUAAGGACGACUUCUGGACAGUGUGCAGUAGAAUCCAAGUAUGUCAGAACAGUCUGCUUGCCAGAGAGGAACCUUUACUUGAAGGAGAAUACCCACUGUGAAAUAGCUGGCUAUGGAAAACGAGAUUUUUAUGACAUCUUCUAUGCUCAAAGACUGAUGUCAGCCACUGUGAACUUAAUAUCACAGAGAAAAUGCAAAUAUGAAUACUAUGACAAUGUUAGAGUUACUGACAACAUGGUCUGUGCUGGGGAUCCUAUGUGGCAGAUUGAUGCAUGCAAGGGAGAUUCUGGUGGCCCCAUGGUCUGUGAGCACAAUGGCAGGAUGAUGGUUUAUGGGAUUGUCAGCUGGGGAGAUGGCUGUGCAAAGGAAAACAAGCCUGGUGUUUACACCAGAGUUACUCAAUACCUUAACUGGAUUGACUCCAACAUGAAUGGGUUAGCUGCCAAGAGUCGUUUUCUUCCUGAACCAAAGUGACCUUUUUUCUCCAGCUGGACUGAAAUGAACAAAAUUCAGCCUAUACUGACACCAGGACAUUGAGGACCUGAAUGUCAUAAGAGGCUUUCAUUUUGAAUGCUUGUGUGUUCAGUCACUCACAUCAGUGCUCCUGAGGCAUGAGGCAGAGAGAUGGUUGAUACAUUAUCUUACUACUCUGAUUUUCCUGUAAACCACUCAGUGGGAAGCUAAAAUAUUUAACAUUUAAAUGAGUAUUCCCAUGCACAAUACUAUGCAUAGCAAGUUAGCUGUCUAUUUCAUUUACGAACCAGCAUUUGCUCUGGAAAUAUUGAUACAGUUUCAACUUACUAAACUCAACUAUUCAUUUUCUACAUAAACUGAGUCUAAAAUCUCCCCUGGUUGUACUGAAUAAUACUGACUCUCAAGUCCCACAGACCUAAGCUGUUAAGACCAGUACUGAGAGAGGGAUCAGACUUGGCACCAAGAAGUGG